GGCCGCGCUGGCUACAGUCCUCCCAGCAUCUGAUGCUACCUGUUUGGGGGCGUUUUUCCCUCCUCACACUCACCCUUUCUCACCGGGAUACUGCCGAGAUGGCAGAAUAAGUAUUCUGUUUGGAGAUUUAAAUUAGUCCCCUCGGAAAGAGAAGAACAAAUUCAAUGGAUUCUUGGAAAAGUCCUUUUCUUUUUCCUUUAUUCCUAUGGAGUCACUGUGGUGGGGUGAGGCUCCUGCUCCUGUUACUGAUUCUGCGUUUGGGGACUUGUGUGGACAAAGCAGAAGAUGAAGAUGAUGAGGAUUUAACAAUGAACAAAACUUGGGUAUUAGCACCAAAGAUACAUGAAGGUGAUGUCACACACAUAUUGAAUUCUUUGCUUCAAGGCUAUGAUAACAAACUUCGACCUGAUAUAGGAGUGAGACCCACAAUAAUUGAAACUGAUGUUUAUGUUAACAGCAUUGGACCUGUUGAUCCAAUCAAUAUGGAGUAUACCAUAGAUAUAAUUUUUGCCCAAACUUGGUUUGAUAGUCGCUUAAGAUUUAAUAGCACAAUGAAAGUACUUAUGCUUAAUAGUAACAUGGUUGGGAAAAUUUGGAUCCCUGAUACAUUCUUCAGGAACUCAAGAAAAUCAGAUGCUCAUUGGAUAACAACUCCCAAUCGAUUGCUUCGAAUAUGGAGCGAUGGAAGAGUUUUAUAUACCUUAAGGUUGACAAUUAAUGCUGAAUGCUAUCUUCAGCUACAUAACUUCCCAAUGGAUGAACAUUCCUGUCCACUGGAGUUUUCCAGCUAUGGGUACCCUAGGAAUGAAAUAGAAUAUAAAUGGAAGAAAACCUCUGUGGAAGUAGCAGAUCCUAAGUACUGGAGAUUGUACCAAUUUGCAUUUGUAGGGUUACGGAACUCAACAGAAAUCUCUCAUACCCUAUCUGGAGAUUAUAUCAUCAUGACAAUCUUUUUUGAUCUGAGUAGACGUAUGGGAUAUUUUACCAUUCAGACAUAUAUUCCAUGCAUAUUAACUGUUGUUCUUUCCUGGGUGUCAUUCUGGAUUAACAAAGAUGCAGUACCUGCAAGGACAUCAUUGGGUAUAACCACAGUGCUGACAAUGACAACAUUGAGUACCAUUGCCAGGAAGUCCCUUCCUAAAGUUUCCUAUGUGACAGCUAUGGACCUCUUUGUUUCUGUUUGCUUCAUUUUUGUUUUUGCGGCCUUGAUGGAAUAUGGAACCCUGCAUUAUUUCACUAGCAACAAAAAGGGGAAGAAGCCUAAAGAGAGGAAGUCCAAACAUAAGUCUGGGAAAUCACCUGCAGUUUCAGUUCGUCCUGGUUCUACAUUCAUUCCAAUAAACAGCAUUUCUCAUCCACAACAACGAGAGGAUGAUUAUGGAUAUCAAUGCCUGGAAGGCAAAGACUGUGCCAGCUUCUUCUGCUGCUUUGAAGACUGCCGGACAGGGUCUUGGAGGGAAGGAAGAAUACACAUCCGUGUUGCCAAAAUCGACUCAUAUUCACGUAUAUUUUUCCCAACAGCCUUUGCUCUAUUUAAUCUUGUUUAUUGGAUUGGCUACCUUUACUUAUAAACUCCCAUUACUCCCAAAUAUUGAAAAAGCCUAGCUAAACAUAGAUAUUGUUCUAUUCACAUCAAUAACAUGAAGUUUAUUUUUUACUAAUGCAGAAAAACAGUGAACAUUUUAAACAUUCCAUCCAUCCAUAUCUUUCUGAGGAUUCUAUAGUUGCAGCACUUAAACCAAAGUGAAUUAAGCACAUGUAAAUUACAGUUGGUGAUAUUGCUAGCCCUUACUCACAAGAAAAUUAUUUUAUCUAUACAUUUGCUUAAUUUUUAGUUAAUUGAUUUUCUGUAAAUACAGCUUCACUGUAGUAAGUACGCCCAUGUCUGAUGUUAUAUUGAAAUAUGUGUUCUCAACAUUUGUUGGGAGAGUCAAAUUCUAGAAAAGAAAAAUUGAUAUUAACCUUUUUUUUUCAGGUCAGAAGGAAUACUGGCCUAAGAAUAAUGAACAUAUAUAGUAAAUUAUAUAUCAUUUUCAAUUUAUAUUUUGUUUCCCUCACACCUAUCCUCUUCACUGAAAUAUGCACAGUCAAGCUAAAGAAAUCAUGUGGAUUUUGAGGAGAAAUAGGGAAACAAUGAGGAUUUGUCUUCAUUUUCCUUUGUAUAUCAUUCAUGUAGAUGUGUUUAGGGCUUUAAGAAAACAAAACAAAAUAAGAUUAAUUAUCUCUUUGUCAUGGCCUGGAAGUAUUCUUGGAUUUUUAAAGCCUAAGCCAGCUGAAAAUCAUCUCUGUCAGGUCUUAUCCAGUUCCAAGCUAGAAAAUUUUUGAGUACAGAAUAAGUCUGGUGACAGACUCUUCCCUGAGCACCAGCCUAACAGGGUUGAGAAAGGCUUUUGCUUACUGGACUAUAUACAUAUAUGUAUGUAUACAUAUAUGUGCAUAUAAAUGUAUUUAUACAAUUCAAAAAUUAAUUUAUGUAUAUAUAGUGCUUUUGUAUACCAUAAAAGUCUAUGUAAAUGCCUGCUAUUUACACUAUUAAAGAAAAGGCUUAUUCCCAUUCACUAUAUAUUACGUGCUGGAACCAAAUCUUUCAUAAAGAGAAUACAGACCAUCAAAGGACCAAGGCCUAAGCUUCUAAAGAAUGAUACAAAAUUAUAACUUUGCUGUUGUAGAUUACAGAGCAUCAUUUUACCCUUACAACCUAAAUACUGUCAUAUUAUGCCAAAUGGUAAUUUAGGAACCUGAAAUACAUCCACUAAAGUAUACAUACAUAUAUACAUAUAUAUGUAUGUGUAGAUAUAUGCAUAUAUAUAUAUAUAGAUUUCAGAACUAUAACAUCCUUUAAAAAUGGAGAUGUGAAUAUAUAAAUAUUGAAAUCAACAAACAGAAAUUAUUGUAAAAAAAAGGUAACAAAUACCUUUAUAUUACAUAAGCUUGAUGUUGAACUUUAUUCAAAACUUAGAAGUAAUGCUUUUAACUUGUCAAUUAUAUAACCACAUUCAUCUAUUUCCUUGAUUCUCAAAAGAUAGUUACAAUAUUCUAAGUAAUGAUGAAAAUAUCUUUUAUUUGUAUCGGUAAUUUAACUUAUUUAAAAAUGUUUACAUUUAGCAUUAUGUUGUAACAACUUGUGUAGCAAAAAUAACACAUAAUACUAUGUUCAUUUUAUAAAUAAAGAAAUCAAGCCACAGAAAGUUUAAGCAAAAUGCUCACAAUUACUUAGGUAAUUGAUGGCAAAAUUAAUAUUGGAUUCUAGUUUAUCUUAUUUCCAGAUACAGUUAUAAAGACAUAAACAUGAGAAGUUGAAUAUUAGAACCAUAGAAGGCUUCUUGUCUAACUCAAGCCAGAAAGAUUAAGGAAAUAAUGGAUUUAGUAUCAGUCUUCUAAUUUUGUUUCAGUCUCUUCCUAAUCUUAAUUUCUCUGUGCACAAUGUCUCUCUAGCACUAUUCAAGAGACCAGGAAGCCAUCAAUCACAAUGCAGUUGUUUAUUGAGAAAGAAGAAAAGAAAAACCUGAUGAAAAGUCCCUCAUAUCUUUGACUUGCUACCUACUCUGUUGGAACCCUCUUUCUAACUCCCACAGAAUUCAGUUUGAAUAGUCUCUUGUCAGUUAGAGGUUCUAAUUUGCAUAACUACAUAGAGUCCAUUGGAACACUCAUCAGGGUUUAAUUAGAGGUUCAUAUUCAUGCAAAAUGAAGAUAGAUAUAUAGUGCAUGUAGUAAGGUACAAACUUAUUAACAAAGGAAAAUAUCAGCUUGAAAGGUGUAUCCCACAAUUCCAAAAAAUACUUUGUAUAGUAAAGAUAUAAGUUGUUUCUGUCUCACUCCAGUAAAAGUAUUUAACAGACCUUUGUAUUCUGAAUGAGGUGAGGCAAUUCAAAGGGAGACUAAUUUUACUGGGGUCCUAGGCAUAUUAAUUUUCAAUAUAUUAAUAACUGUUACCUAGAGAAUAACACAUUGAUCUCUCAUGCCACACAUCUUCAAAAUACAAGUAAAAAUAAAAAUAUAUAAGGGUGAUUGGGUGAAUCCAGUUAUGACACAUCUUUUGUUAGAAAUUGAGGUGCAUCUAGAAUGAAUACUGUUUUGUUAUCAAGAAAUUUUAUGGAAGAAGAGGCAGAAUUUUCCAAUCAUAUAUUCCAAAAAUAUUUAUUGAUUUCCUAUCAUGUUCAAGGCAUUGUCAUUAGUAUGUUAUUGUCACUGAUUGCACAUAGUGAAGAUUUUAUUGCUUCUGAAGUUUCCAUUCACAAAGUAAUGAUUUAAGUUCCAGAUUAUCACAAGCCUGAAUGAUGUUUAUGUUGUCUGGACCAGUUCUGUUUUGAUAUGCCAUAGCUUUAUGACCCAUUAUCUUGAAAUUUCGAUUGCAAGAAGCCCCUCAUAGACAGGAGAUUACUAGAAGUGAUGUCAUAAAGGGCAGUUCUGGAAUUCUGAGGUUAGUGAGUUCUCAGUACAAUCAUGUCAGUGUUAUUUAAAUAUUCUGAGAGGAUUAAAAGGUCUUAAACAGUGAAUCUUGAAAGCUAGUUCAAUGAUUCUAUAAAGUAUAUUUACUCUUUUUGAAAAUUUUAAAAUGAUUUAUCCUAAAGGAAUCAUUCUAUUUUAGGAUUAAAAACAAAGUUUUUUGUAGUUUACAAGACAAGUCUGUAUCAUUUUGUAGUCUUCUUCAAAAGCCAAAACAUAGUUAUUUUUAAAUGUUUAGUAUAAAAAGGUAGACUGAAAUUCUCCUUUAAAAAUUCCAUUUCUCUUUGUAUCCCCCCAUGUACAGUGCAUGAUAGAUGGCUAAUGUUUAACAAGCAUUUGUUGAGUGAUUAUGAGGAAAGAAGAAAGUGAGGCUCCUGAGUUUUUACUGCUGCUCAAAGAUGAUCAAUGACAAGGGAUUUAUCUCUUCUUUAUUGGUAUCAUUUAUAUCCAUCCCUGUUAUAGAUUAGUCCAAACCCUUUAUUUUAAGAUGAGGAGUUAAGGCCAAGAAGGAAUAAAUGAUUUUUUAAAGUCUCACAAUGUAUAAGUAGCAGAAAGGAUUUAAACCAAGAUCUGCUUGUCUUUAAAUAAAGAACCCAUUCCUGUACAUUCCUCUGCCAUGAAGGAGACCUUACUUAUUAAGAUAUUCUUUAACAGUUAACAGAAUAGGUAACCAAUUAGACUGUCUGAUACUGGAAAGUUCAUACCUGUAAACUCCUUAAGGCUAUAUGAUGUAGGAUUGAUCCUGGUCAUAUGAGGAAAAGGGUGCUACUGUCUUUCCCAACUCAUUUCUGAAUGUAACAGAUGAGACAAUAUAAAAUGCUUUUCAAACAUUAAAGAAUUUUACACUGAUAAUUAUUAUUAUUGCUGUUAUAAUUAUCUCCCAAAUUACCAUUCCUUUUUAAUAAGAUAAAAAGUUCAAGAGGACCCUAUUGACAUUCAAAUAUAUCAUUUUUGUAAAAUUUAGAUGCUGGGAGACCCUUCUGGUUAUAGAUCUGGAUUUAUUGUGACAGAGAAAUUGCAGGGCCAGAAGUCUUUAGGUUUCCUCCCAUUUCAAAUUCUAAGUCCCUGGCUAUUGACAUUGAUAGGUUUUUAAAAGCCAAAAGUGAAAUUUACAGACUUAGGGGCCACUGUUGAUAUGAGUAAUGGUGAAUUAUAGAUCAUGUCCGUGUCAGAACACUUUUGAUCUGGGCUUCUUUAUAGGUUAUUUUGACAUAGUACAUCCCAACUUCCAUGAGCCCUUUAAGAGCUCUUGGCCACCAAGGCUCUGGCCCUCUAAAAGCUCCUGACCUCCAUGACCUUUGGUUGAUUUUCUGGUCUCUAUAGCCCCUUACAAUGAAGUUUGAUAUAAAGUGAAUUACAAAUGAGAUUCAUACACCUAGGAUUAGCAUAAUAAAUCAUGUGAUAAAAAUGGUAAGUUAAAUUUACUUUAACAAUAUACAUAUUUGAAAUUAUAAUUCAGGCAUUAGCUAAGGACUACAUUUUUAAUAUGACUGCAUGCACAGACUUUAGUUUCGUUCCAAAUUCUAACUAAAAAUCUUACUGUUAUGUUUUUUAUGAUUCUAAAAAUUAUACUUCAAGCAUUUAUUAAGCUAUUAUUGAUUUUCUGAAUUUGAAGGGGUAACAUGUCUGUUAAUAGUAUUGAAAAUAUGAUAUUUGUUUGCUUAGAUUCUUCUAGGGUUUCUGAUUAAAAUAUUUAAAAGACCUGACAGAUCAUUUGAUGUAGUAUUCUCAUUUUGUGAAUAAGGAAAUCAAGGUACAGAGAGGGUUUAUCCAAAUUUACAUGGGUAUGAUAAAAUAGAGCUGGGAUCCAAACCCAGGUUCUUCUACUGUAGUGUAGCAACAUCACAUGAAUGUGGUGAUUCAAUGAUAGUAUAAACAAAAAUGUUAUUUCCAAUGAUUUUUAUUAUUUCCUUUGUUGUCUUCCAUAAUAGUUCUUCAUGGAUAUUUGUCUUCCCCCCAAAAAUCAAUUGUGUUUGGAACAUUGUAUUCCCUAGCUGGAAUGAAAACAAAUCAAUAUUGUUAUUUUUUAUUGGAGAGUUAACCUAUGUUGUCCUCAGUAUAAUGAGCUGUGGAUAUGGAAACUCCUCUCAACAGCUUAUAUUAGAAAUAUAUCUGUCACAUAUAGCCUUUGAGUGAAACCUGGAAUACUUUGAGAGAAAUGAUUUAAUUGUAUUAGACACAAGUCUUGAUUCAGUUCCUUAUGACACUAGGCAUUCCUUCUAUCCAAUAUGCCAUGCUGCCUCACACAACCAUAUAAACAUUAAUACAACAAAUUUGAGAAGUGAUAAGCUUUUGAAGUAUAAUUUAUGAUGACCUGGUUCUCUUACCUAUCAAAUGACAUGACUAGUUUGCUUUAUGAAUCAACUAUUAAAAAAAGGAAUCACUUAUAUUAUGUUUCUUUCAUAUUAUUUGAAUAUUAUAAAAAUAGAAAUAAUAUUCUGAAAUGACUUGUAUAUUUAAGACUCCCCUGAGUUAAACUAAAAGUGUAAUAAAUAUAUAACAUAAAGUAUCUAGGAGGAAAAAAGUAAAUAAAACCAUAAAAUUUUGAUGAAUUAGAUUCUAAAUAGAUGUGGCUUAUUUAGUGUAGGAAUGUGUCAACGGUGAUGUAAUUUAAAAUUAAUAUCAAAAUCAAUGUAUGUACAAUCCCCAUAUUUUAUCUCAGGAAAUAAGCAUGAAAUAAAUUGUACUAAAGUGAAUCAAAGCUAUUUUCAGAUAUGUUAUUUUAAGCAAGUGAUAUGUUCUUGAAAGAAACCCUCAAAUAAAUCAUAGAUCAAUGCCAGAAGGGUGAAGAUAAUAUAUCUAUCAACUUCUAAAAAAAUUGGAAUAGGAAAAAUACCAUUCAAAUUUUAUAAAAUGCAUAAUAUUAGACAGGAGAAUGAGGUAGCUGAAUUCCUUACCAUGUAAACACACAAAGAAGUUAUAAACCAUCUCCAUCAUAAUAUAAUAUUGAUCUAAAAUAUAUACCUCACACAAAUUGUUUAGUAAAUGUGUUAAAAAUGAAUAGACUACUUAUGACACAAUUUGCAUAAUUAUUUAUGAAUGAUCUUAUCUUCAAUCUGAGAAAUAAUUUUUGAUCAUGAUCUAAGCAGCCUAAGUCCAUAAAAAGUUGUCUAUGGAACUUAAAUUGAUUUUUCCUUUGAUAUAUAAAUUCCUCUUUAUCAAGCUUUCAAUCUCUUUCCAUUAACACUAUUAUUCUUGUUAGCAUACUAUAUAGUAGGGGUCUAAUUAAUAUAUAUGAUGUUUUUGAUGGAAUGACACAACUUUUUUACAUUACUGUAAUUUUUAUAUUCAAAACUAAAAUUGCUUCAUGUCAACUCAAGUGGAAGAUAUGAGAAAACAAGUGAUGCUAAGAUGUUCUUUUCCCAUUCCUCACUUGCAAAGAGCCACUUUGACACUUCCUUGACUGCUAUCAGAACAAUUCAAGCUUUACUGAGGAGCCAUAAGAAACAAUUACCACGUCUUUAGCAUGGCCUAAAAUUCCCUUCUAAAGAAGAGUUUCCAAAAUAAACUUUCCUUGAAUUAAAAAGAAAA